CUGAAAUAAGUCAUCCAUGGAACAUUCAGCUGCCGGCUGGUCCGUCAAUUUCAACAGUGAUUUCCAGUAGAUUUGUCGAAUCCAUACUUUUCUCCUAUGUGGGCGCAUUCCAUCCUAUACUUCCUCCGACUCUCUCUCUUCGCUUGUUCAGAGAAAAUCACUCUGAGCUGUAAUCGUCCUAGUAUCCAAAACUGAAGAUCUGUAAAACCUCUGUCAAUCUCUCUCCCAGUUCCACCGCGCCUAUCGAUUAGGGGAUUUGAGCAGAAUAGGACUUUGAUUGGCGUCGACAAAUGGCGAGUCGGUUCAAAGAGGACGAAAAGAAUGAGAGAAUUAUACGGGGUCUACUCAAGCUGCCUGACAACAGGAGGUGUAUAAACUGUAAUAGCUUGGGACCUCAAUAUGUUUGCAUUAAUUUCUCGACAUUUAUUUGCACAAACUGCAGCGGCAUACAUCGGGAGUUUACACACAGAGUGAAGUCAGUAUCCAUGGCAAAGUUUACUUCACAAGAAGUCAGUGCACUACAAGGUGGAGGAAAUGCGAGUGCCAAGGAAAUUUAUUUGAAGGAGUGGGAUCCGCAGCGCAAUUCUCUCCCUGAUGGAAGUAAUGUGGAGAGACUUCGUGAUUUCAUUAAGCAUGUUUAUGAGGAUAGAAGAUACACAGGCGAGAGAGGGUUCUCAAGAGGAAAGGGUGAAACUGAGGACUCAAAUGAGAACAAGAGGGUGGAUACAUACCAGGGUAGCUCACAAACCUCAGGAGGAAGAAGCCCCGGAUAUGAUCAGGAAAACAGACAGUCCACUGAUCACAAGAGAGUUCCUGGCACUGAAGUAAUAAAUGAUUGGAGACGGGAUGAUAGAUUUGGGAAUGGCAGGAGACUUGUAGAGAGGCAAAGUUUUGAUGGUAGCUCUAAGGUUGAAAUCAAUUCACCUGAUUGUCGAAGUGAUUUGGACACAUCUAGUCCCCCAGUGGUUCGACCAGUACGAGAUAUUCUUGGAGAUAAUGCCUCCCCCCUACGAGUUAUUGAACCUCCAAAGAUGGCUAUUGGUGGACCUCCUACCUAUGCACAAACUCAGAGGGCCACUCCCUCCAAUAGCUUGGCAUCUUCAAAUGGCAACCCAAUCGAAGUUAAGGAAGAAACUUCACUUAUUGAUUUUGGAGCUGCUGCUGAACCUGCACCAACUGCUGUAUCACAACCAACUUCAUUGGGUGCUGAUAAUUGGGCAAAUUUUGAGUCAGUGCCAGUGAAAGCACCUUCAAAUGCCAAUCAGCUGGAUGUACUUUCAGAAUUGAUGACUCCCUCGCCCGCCCUGGGAGAAAACAGUGCAAGCUCUGCUCCUGUUGGCAUCUUUCCAGCUUUGAGUAAAUCUUCACCUAUUCCAGCCGAUGUUUCCCACUUGAACAGUUUUGGUCCAAGUGCAUUUCCUCCUGGAACAACAUCCUUAUUGCAAGUUGGGGGGAGUUCUGUCCCGUUGACACAUGCUGCUGGAGGGCAAUGGUCCAGCAUGCAACCUCAGCAUUCAUCUCUCCUAGCAGUUACUGGGACCCAACCUCUCCCUCAUCACUGGAUCCCAGUCAUUGAAGGGCGUCUCAACAAUCAGCAAUGGAAUCACAUAGGUCCAUCAGGGGUUCUGGACACAGCAAGGGCCCAAGAUCCUCAAGUUUUAGUUGAGCAUGCUUUGAAUUCCACUUCUGGAAUUGCCCAUGUAUGUGAUUCUAGAUCUGAUGUGAGAAGAGAACUUCCUGCAGAUUUGUUUACUGUAACCUAUCCAUCCAUGUAUGCACCAGUACAAGGCUUGUAUGCUGCUCCAUCACAUGGACAUGGGUUCUCCAUGCAAUAUCAUAAUAUGCAAAUGCAGAAACAUACUUCUAUGCAGCCGAUAAAAUCAUCAAAUCCUUUUGACACCACCAGUGAGCCAUCUCCUUUACGAUCUUCUACGUUUCCAUCGGUGGCUUCAUUACAAGGUGCACUGCCAAGCACGGGCCCUUCAUCAGGCCUGCUCCACACAUCCAGCCUUGGAGCCCCACCAACUUCCCAUGUACACAGCAGUGUGCCUCAGCAGCCACAAUCUUACGUGUCAACACUCCCUCCAAAUUCAUAUAUGAGCCAGCACCUGGCGGGUAGCCUGUCACAGAGACCAAAUAAUCGUGCAGGCUAUGUCCUUCCUGGGGCUGCUUUUGCAGACAUGAACUCAAACCAGCAGCUUGGUGCGGGGCUACAUGCAGCAACACCUCCUGCCCAGAAUACAAUCUCUCCUGCUGGGAACCCAUUUGGGUGAAUUGAAUGCAGUUUCCCUUUUUUGACAUGCACAUCCUGUUGCUUUGGGUGUGCUGCAUAAUAUAUUACCUGGGGAAUGGAUAUGGAUUAUGCUAUUGGGAUAAAAAAUAUACCAAGGGAGAUCAUAACUGCUAUGCGCUGAAGCAAUUAAGGCACCAAAAAGUGUGAUUGAUUAAUGGGGCUUGUGCAGUACACACUCAUGAUCGCCAACUCAUUUUUGUGUGCUACAUAUAUGCAUACCAUGUUUAUCAUUAUUUUAAUAGUUUUUGUGGUUCUCAUCUAUUAUCCUCUAUUCAUUUUCAUGUUAAUGGUUUAAUGAGUGUAUUGUUUUCAAAAUAGGGUUUUUGUUUUUCAUUUUCUCGGUUCUUUGUAUCAAACUAGAUUUUCACCUGUGCUGCACACGGUACAAUAAAUAAUACGGAGUAACUUGAUUUGAGUUUC